AACUAAAGGGUUUGGAAAAUACACAGUUAUUUUUUUAUAAGGACCACGCAAAUAAUUUUUCGACCUUCAUGAUAAUUUUACUGGACUUCACUUCACUUUGAUACAACAACCCCAACCAAUGGUUGUCUUUCUUUGUCGUGCGUGAUUACUUGUUAUCGACGUUCUACACGUAGAAGUACGAAGGUUUUGUGAACACGAAUUCAAAAUGGAAGUCUUGGUACUGAAGUAUUGAUUUAUUCAGAAACGUUGAUAACUUGCAUCAAGUUUAUGACUACACAUUUCAUUUAAGUGAUAACUUAAACAUGACAGAUCGGGUGAUAGCGUCCCGUCCCAGCCUGGAGCAGGUGCAAGCCAUUGUGGACUUUAUGGAGAAGCACCCAGCUCUGGGUUUAGGUCAACUAAGGGGUUUUGAAGGUAGAGAUGAGGGCAAAAAGCUGUGGUUAAAAUUGACCCGCCUGGUCAAUAGUCUUUCCGGCCCUACCAGACCUGUGAAGUCUUGGGUUAAAUUUUGGGCUGACAAAAAAUCGACAGUGAGAUCCAAGGUGCAGGCUACGGGUGAUCCUAACAACCUCGGCUCCAAUAUCGAGAAGAAGAUAUGGGAUCUCUUUCUAGCAAACGAAACUGGUAGACCUCGUGGUACAGUCAAAAGGGAAGUGGAGAACAACUUUUUGGAUGAGAAUUUCUACAACGAGGACAGCAUGGAUCACAACCAUGCGGAGUCAGAACAAGUGAUGACCUUUGAAGACCCCAUGACAGACACUGAAGAACGACAACACCAACUUAUGGAAAAAAUGUUGAAAGUGCUGGCUGAUCAGUCAUCUGCAAUGUCACAAUUAGCGAAUGCAUCGCAUUUGAAUGCUCAAGCGAUGGAGAGGCUUGCUGAAGCUUCACAAAUACAGGCAAGAGCAAUAGACCGUCUAGCGAAUUCGUUCGAGACGAUUAGUGCUGCGACACACGACGUUCGCAACGCCAUUGUCGAUAUCGACGUGACGAUGAAACGUUUCUACUCGACCUCGCCCACUUAGCACAGGUAUCUGUGAACGCUCGAAUAAUUCGAUGCUGUUCGCGUCCAUGCUAAAUUGACUCUUAUGUUUAGACUUAAUAAGAAUGUAAGUUCAGUGCUGAAUCGCCAUACUCAGAGUCAUUUAAUGUUUACUUAACCCAGUCCUUAGCAAUUGUUUUCCACACAAACUCGUUACGAAGGAAUAGUUUAAGUAAUCAUUAACCCUUCGUAUGUUUGGAACGUGGAUCCACGCGAUACACAAUGUGUUUUCUAUUGUCUUAUAUACGGCAUACGAAAGGUUAAAUGUCUCUGAGUGCGGCAGUAAGUGUAAUUUGCCAUAAUACUUAAUUAAUUGUAGUCUCUAGAAUAGCAUUGGGCUAUAAACGACAUUGGGUUAAACUCCACACUGAAGAAAACGUUUUUACCUAUUACUUUUUAGGAUUUAAUUUUUUUAAAUUACUACCA